ACGUGGUAGAAAAGAGACCAAUCUGGUGCAAGAACUACAACACCAAGGUCGUUUUACUACAAAUUUAUGAAUAUGUUCAAGUCCGAGAGCUGCUCACUUAGAGAAUACAAUUGGGUACCGUACGCGUACUUGUAGUAAUCCUGAUUGCAAAAAACAGCAGACGCAUAUUACUGCAACGCUUACAGUACCAACUUACAGUACCUACUUACUGACAUUGACCUAACGGCGCAGCACCACGACUCACAAAAAGAAAGAUGGUGGCUUUUCCCCCGACGUUUGCGCCGGAUAUUACUCGAACAGAACUAUUCGAGAAAAUCGGAGUUUUCCAGGGGAGAAACUUCGUGGAGCAAGUGGAAGAAAGAAUAAUAGGGAUGGAAGAGGUGGAGGGACUCGAAGAAAUCGAGCCAGCCUACAAAUUGGACUUAUCUUUAUGUCUCAUGAUGUCCUUUCUUUGUCAUCUAGUCGUUGUACUAACUAGUCAUGUUGUCAUGUUUCUAUUAUAUAUAAGGUAGUCCACCUCCACCUUAGCCUUACUGGUGCUCCACUUUUUCAUUCGUUUUUUUUUUCUGAAGGAAGGUGGCUCGACUGGAAUUUGUAAGGUCGUCCUUACUGCUGGUAAUAAACAAGAAAGGAACGAGCUGCAAGAAGUAGAAGAACGAAGCAGUAGUAGACAUGUUUUCGUACUACUUCUGGUGAGAAUCUUUUUCUUCACCAGUAGACGCAGCACUACUGAGAAACAGGAGACGGAAUGCUUCUAAGUAGUUUGAACCCGCGCUUCUACUCUACAUCACACAGUACUAGUCGUGAAAAUUUGUCGCCACAGUUUGCCUCAGCAUGUUGGGGACAUUAUUUACACAGGAGAUCGAUUCAGUGUUAAGUAGUGGGAGGUUGCUCUAACAGGCUUCAUCCGCAUGGGGGACGCUAAGGUGGAGAACGCGGUGACGCAAAAUCGUUCCGAUUACGACGCUCAGGUCCGAAAGCGCAGUCAAGCCUUGGAACUGAGGCAGAAGGCUGGCAAGGUACUAGAUGUUUUCAUAGCAUCAUACCGUGCAGGUGGUCUCUCUUCUCUCCUUUUUUGUUGUACUCUUCUCUUCUCUCCUUUUUGUUUUUUGUCGUAUGAUAUCACGACCAGUGACUUCUUACAUUACUUAGCAUCUGAAAUGGACUGGCAUGGAUGAUAGGAACAAGAUGAACGCACAUGACGGAUAACCGUAGUCGAAGACAACAAAUUUGCAAACAUCGCAGGCGAAGGAAUUCGCGGAGGCAACGCAGAAACGCAAACAGGCGAAGCUGUUAGAGGACGAAUCGGAUGAACGAAAAGGAGAGCUUAUAGCAGAAAUGAAGGACCUACAAUCUUCGCUUGCUAAGUUGCCCUUUCACUUACUUUUAAGGCCCAAUCUAUUGAUCCAUCCUCUGACGCUGAGUUCUUAUCAAGUUGGUGAAAGGAGGUGGCUUCUUUCAACUUGCAUCUCCAGAAAGUAUUAGGUCGUGGUGAUCAACAAUUGUAAGUGGAAGAAAGUUGUUCUUGGCUUCGUUAGGUCGAUGAAGACACAAGGUCCGCUACAGGAAGAUGGUUUUCGAGGAAUUCGGUAGCCUCUAAUACUAGCAACUACUUGGCACCAAACGUGGGCGUCCUCGUCUUCCUCUAGUUCUCUUUCGGAAAAUGAAGAGCCGACUCUUGUCGAGGUAGAUCCCGCAGAAGCAGACAAAGAGAAAUCUUCAUCGACUGAAACCGCAAUGGACGCAUUGCAAAAACAGUCAGCACCAGGCGCAUAUCAAAAGAUGUUGGACGACGAAGCAGGUGCUUUUUCCACUACUGCGAAUAUCAUGAAAUAACAAGAGAGAGGUUCAUGCUUAUCUUCACAUAUCACAUUUUUGUGUAGUAUCAACUAACAUUGGUUUUAGUACUGAUUUAAGAUAAUCAUAAUCUUUCAUGUUGAUAAAGAUUUUGAUUAGGAAAGACGUUUUACGAAUCUCCAACACGACCAGCUGCGAACGAGGCUCGCGACAAUCGUGCGGCAGAGACGGCGAUAAGUAAAGCCCGAUCUUCUUCGCAACAUGGCGGAUUGACGUGUCUCGGAGUCCAGCCUCUUAGCUUGAGUCGCGUCUUCGUUCUAAACUUACGAGCCUGUGGACUGAGGGAAACGGGAUUGGAUCACAUUUUUGCAGCAAUACUGGAAACGAAGCUUCCGCUGCAUGCGUUAUGUCUCGACUGCAAUCCCAUCGGCGAUACAGGAGUCGGAGUCGUCGCGCAGUUUCUCUCUCACACCAGCGCUGAAUCCGUCAAAAGAGCUCAAAAAGACAAGGUUCCUUUCUUGAUCUUCCUUUAGAACUGUCUGAAUACACGGAUUAAAGAGCCUCUACCUGAAACGUUUUAUUAUCAUGGGAGCGAGGUUUACCUUCCAACUUUAGUUAUAAAAGGAACAGGAUGAAGCAUUAGCAUUUGAUUUAGUUAUGUACUAGAAGUAGUCAAUGCAAUGUCAAUCAUGUACCCACUGUGCUGCCACUUCGUCAUCUGCGUCCUGAGUGUCAUGUUUCAUCGCAUAAAGGUGAACCGCGUAAAGCGGCUGGGGAGCUUGCAUACCGGAAAGAUGGAUAAGACGGGAGAGGUGUGCUGUGAAACACUAGUUUCGCUCUCGUGCCACUCAAUAGACAUUACGGACGACGGUUUUAGCACCUUAAUCGCAGCAGUCGCGAAAGCGGGUCCUCGAGUACAGCUCCUAGACAUGCGAUGCAACGCUGGGGUAACGAAUACUCAUGCUGACCGGGAGAUUGCGGUCAAGGGAAUGAGAAUCUUCAACAAAACUUGCAAAAUCUUACACUGACAUAUUCAUUUUCCGGUAAAGCAAGCAAGAGAUGAUUCCUCGUGCGGUGUCUACACUCAUUGUGUUAGUCCAUGACGAUGUAACUUUAUCAUCGCCAUGUGCAUAGAUAUAGCUCUGGUGCUGGAUUCCAACUCUUGCAAAAGGGAUGAGCAUCAACAU